AUUGUGCAUGACGAGCCUGCCAUUCGGUUGUUCCUCCGGGAUCAGACCUAGAAAAAACCCAUCUCCUUUUAGAAGGGCGUGCGGCAGUGUCUAAGCCACUUGCCACAUUUUGAUCUUCGCCCCUCAUCAGCAUCGCCCUCCCUGCCACUCGCGGUCGACCAACACCCUAGCAAUCGUACACUCUCUGCUACUUGCGUAGAGAAAGGUUAAGUUGUUCAAGGAGCUAUUCACGUUCCUCAUCUCAAUCAUGGAGUCGGUUUCACUGAAGCCUGAGGCAAGGCUGUUGGCUCCUAAGUCUCCCUUAUCAAACACUAGACCAGACGUCCUUUGGGCGCGGGACAGAGUUGAACGCAACACGAACGAAUCGGGCCUGGUAUUAGGCAAGAGAUCUCGAUCAACGCUGUCAGAAACCCCAACUGGCAUUCCUUCCGGCCAGAGAAGUGUGGAAGACAUCGAACUGGAGAACGCAACGCUGCGCACCUUGGUGGACACGCAGUCCCGUAGGCUGCAUAUGUGGGAAGUGACAUCGCAGAGCCAGUCGAUACCUCCAGAGUCUCUCCAGCCUCCAGACAUGACGGGCACAUUGAACGCUCGCGGCCAAAGUACCCCUUCGUCUUUGCCAAAGAAUAGGUCGAGGUUCGUCGAGUUAUUAUCAAAGCGGGCUAGUCAUUCAAGAAGACCACGAUCUGGUCUUCAAAAUCGCAACCCGUCGACAGUCUCUACCUUAGCGACGCAUUUCGAGCAGCUAAGCCGGGAAUUUGAGACAGAGCGUAUUCGCGAGAGGCACUCGCGAAUCCAGAAGAGACGUCAGAGAGUGAGGAUUAGUGAGGUCAUAUCUCCCAGCGAUAGCGACGUUGAAAAACACGGGAAUUCCAAAUCCCUUUACAGCUUUGAACCUGUAUCACUACCUCCGAGCCCAGAACCUCAACAUGGGGGUUUGAGUCCACUAAAGAAGAACGACCGAUUUGACAUCCCGCCGGAGCGGACCCUCCUCAACAUCGACUUGCUCAUCCAGAACGCCACCAACAACGACGAGAUCCAGGAGCUCAAGCAGCAGAAACGCCUCCUCCGGAAUAGAUAGGCCGCUCUCGACUCGCUGCAACGAAAGAAGAAGCACGCCGAAGAGCUCGAAGAAGAGACCCACAAAGAUGCGUGCAAGCCUCCAACGUUUUUCACAACAUACACAAUAUCUCGGGACAUGACUACUGAAGCACAUAUGCUCCACAAAGGUCUACUACUUGCAGUCGCCGAUUCUCC